GUUUUUAGUAUUAGUCGGCUGAGUCAGUGAGCGUUAUUGCUGCUGUUGGUCUGUGCAACAUUACCCUGGUAGUCGUCCACAUUGCACCCACACGGAGAGAGACUCGAGUAGUCGUAGGGACACAGAGUGAAUCGCGGUGCAGUGCUUAAUCGUGACUGUGAGAGCUGGUUGGGGUGACGGAUAUUUGUUCUUUGUGUAUAUUAUAUGACUACGGUGUACAGAUUUGUCAGUGCCACGUACCCGAAUGUAACGACGUCUCCCCAACGAUCUCCCAUUUGUCCCCCAUUCAUGACAACGUCGUGAACCUCUCAGUCGAGAUACGAAAGCCCGAUCGUAUGUACAAGCGCAGGAUGAAUUAGAGCUUGCUGAGAGCAUUGGACACGGCAACCAUAAAAAUAAACCAGAAAAUAAAAGCCACCUUGUCUAAAACUAGCUGAAUAAUUCCAGGACUUCGAGCCCGGAUUACAGAAAGGACAAGAGGUUCCAAGUAGAGUGUGACAUUAGGCGGAAACAGUGCGCUGCUGGUGAAAUUGUGCGCGGUGGGGCUCAGUCUUACUCAACUCCUGUCCUAUUGCGUGAAAUGCAUAUAGAGGAAAAUACAUAGUGGAAGUCGAUUACUCCUUUCAGUUCAAUAAGGAGAAAAUAUCGUUUAUAAUAUUCGCUUAUAAAAGAAAAAAACGACUAGUUCAAUAAUUUCGCCUGCCAUUAAAUAAGCUGAUGCGUUAAUUUAUCGAAGUGUGUGACCAUUCUUGUGGACUCAUCUUAAAAACUAGAGUUGCUUCUUGAACAUAUUGGGCCGUCAGUAUCUCGACAACGAGUUGCUCUGUUUUUACUAUCCGUUAAUAGCUCGACUGUUUUCGCUAAUUUCUGGAAGACUCUAGUUGUUCCCAUAGAAGCUCACGGUAUCUCCUCUAGAGAGCGAUGUCCUCCCAACCAAUCGUACUUCGUGUGCGCACAAAGGAAGGACAGCAUCGAGUAGAUUGUCUCACAUCAGAUUCAACCGUAGCAGAUCUUAAAGGGGUGCUACUGUCAUUGUCCGGGGGUUCGAUAGGACGUGUCCUAUCGGGCUAUCCUCCAACCGCGUUAACGCUCAACGAAGAGUCAUUGACGCUCGAACAAGCUCACGUAAGAUCCGGUGAUACGUUGAUCAUUGUCGAAGGCAAUGGGCAGCAAAACUUUGCUAGCGUGCCCUCAUCUGUGGCGCCUACGCAACCCGCCAUUGACGAGCUUAAUAACAGUGUUGGUCCAGCUGCAGCCUCCGGACAUCUGUCCCUGUUAGCGAGCUCUGACAUUGGUAGUAGCUCACUAGAAGUUCGACAUGACUCAGUGUCUCGUCAGGGGGUCCUAUUGCGUCGACCGGUGCCCGCCAACAACUCGUGCUUAUUCACGUCAAUAUACUUCGCUCUUAGCGGUGGCGAGUUCAAUUUGCGUGCAGGUGCAAACCUUCGGCAAAUUAUCGCCGACGCCGUCGCAGCAGACUCGAUCACGUACUGUGAGGCGUUUCUAGGUAAACCAAAUCGAGAGUACUGCACGUGGAUUCUAAACGAGGAGCACUGGGGAGGCGCUAUAGAGUUGGCUAUCCUGUCGAAGCACUUCAAAACGGAAAUGGUGGCGGUCGAUACACAGAAUGAGCGACUGAAUCGGUUCGGCGAGGACGAAAACUAUGGCCAGCGAAUACUCCUGAUCUAUGACGGAAUCCACUAUGAUCCAUUAUUGCUUGAAUAUUCCGAUGGAUCCGGCAUUCGUACCACAUUUAGCACAGACGAUCACAUGAUUUUAGCCUUGGCUUUAGAGGUGGCCCAAGAAGCAAAAAGGUCCGGUCAAUUUACCGAUGUACAGAACUUUACGUUGCGUUGCCUUGAGUGCAAUCGGGGUGUGGUCGGCCGGGCGGGUGCUCAGGCGCAUGCAAAAAGCACGGGCCACAACAAGUUCGACGAGGUGUAAUCGUCCUAAGUACAUCCAAUCACUGUUAUGAUGGCAUCCUUACUAUGGAAGAUAUCUGCUCUUUUUCACCACACGUCACAACGAAAUGAAAAUAGAAAGAGUUUAGCAAGCAGUUUUUGGACACGAUCGCUUCGGAUCCUGGCCUCUUUAGCCUGCACUUUUGCGGUGAAUAUUUGAUUAAACGUCAUCGAAGCUGUGCGUUAAUUUGAGUUAAAUGCCAAUAUUACACAGACGUAGGGUUUUCAGUGGUUGCGCCGUUGUUUGAGGAGGAGGAUUUUCGCUGGGUCUACCGUUCCAAGAAGACAGCGUUUGAAAAUUAUCAACGAAGCCCUAGGUAGCAGACCCGUGCUAAGAGUUAACGUCCCGGUGAACUAAGUACAUGUAGCGAGACCUAGAAAGUAAUGCAAUGCUGAUGUUUGAUAGACAAAAAGCUCAUGUUUGCGAGUGUGCGUAAGCUGAUGGUGGGAGCAAUUCAACAAAGAAACAAAAAGCGACGAGUCCGUCGAGAACAUCAUGAGUGAAUGAGUGUACGAAAACAAACCUUAUAUGCAGUAGAUGAGUCACAAAUAUUAUGUACGAGAUGUAAAUCUGGAUAUACACCGAUAACGAAUAUGGAUAUAAACCCAUAUGGGCAAAAACCCAUAACUGAGCUAUAUACAAGAUUCAUUCAAAGGGGCGGAGUAUAUUGCAGCAGUUAAAUUCUUACGCACUGAUAUUGCUAAUUGCCAUAAUCCUCAUAGCAGAUUCUAUUCUUGAUAACGAAACUGAUGGGAAUAUGAUUGUCGGGUCUUGCGCUUCCAUAGAGGUACCUCGAAGAAGUUGCGUCGGAGCGAAGAAAGGCUCUAACGCACACUGAAAAGCAGUACCGAUAUUUUCGCCUAUUACCCCUACAUUGUAUUCACAAAAUAUAAGCGCAGGAGACUCGGAGUAACUAAACGACAAAAUACUUAAUAACAAGAAUCAAGAAUACCAUAACUAGUGCGAUUGAUCAUAUAUGCUAGCUUUGUAGUUUUGCAAUGAAUAGAUUUAAGGGACGAACGAAACGUGCAUGAAUUACGCCGUUCUUAAUUCAGUCCAAUGUAAGGCAGUCAAUAUAGAUCUGCCUCGGAAGAAUAUGAUCAGUUUGCUAGUGGGCUUUGUCAACAUGACAUUGGGCUAAACGUUACAUUGACUUAUGCAUAGUGAUUGUAUGCCGAUGAGAUAAUGAUCCCCUCCCCUCCUCUUGCCUCCCCUCCCACCCUCUUCUAAAUCUGCAAGGCAACAACAAAAGGCAUCAAUAAGAUAAACAUUUUUUACAUAUGACAUUACUCGAAUUACACGUGACCAGUAAAUAACACGACGAAAAAUUAACUUUUUUUCUGCAGAUGGGGUAAGAGAUACAAACAACGCGUUCAAGCACAUUUUUUCAGAUGUCAUCCUCUUUUCCGUCGUAGAUCCUGUAGGGAGCAGGAUUUUUGCCCUAGUAUUAGACUUAUUUUCAUUUAGCUUGUACAAUAGAGUUUGGUCUACGUGCACACUUUAAGGCAUACACGUUUGGCUAAACUUAGUUUUUCCGAGGCUCUUGAAGUUUCUUAGAAGUGAUACUCAGAGGAGUUAUUUUCGUAUCUCGCUAGGAACGCUUGUGCAAUCGCGCUAAUUGAGAUCAGGGUUUCUGUAUUUUUAGCUAUCUUUUCGCUCUAUGCCGGACAACAAUAAAAUGAUUAUCUAGAACAGUAAUAGUAAUAAAACAACAACGAUGUGCACCGUUAUCUGUGAUCUACAACAAAGACCUUAUGGAGGAAACCUUAGAAAAUGGCCACAUUUAGCCGGUACAUGUUGAGUCUCAAGUUUGUGCAAAAUUACAAAGUCAGUUUCAUAUACAUGAACAGUUAAAUUCAAUUAGCUAGAAGACGAAACUAAUACACCUUGUGCAUAUACCAUGUAUUGCCACGCAAUGCAAGCAACGGGAAAAUGAAAAACUGUAGCCUUUCUACGCGUCCAGUACAGAGUCGAAAAAGAGCCGUGCACGAUCAUUGGCAGCUACAACGUUAUCCCACACAAAUCGAUUGAUUAUGAUACUGUUUUCGCAUGAGGACCACGUGCUCGUCACUAACUUGACAGCGUACUUCUACUAGGCAGCGGCCAAGAAGCCGUCAUUGCCUAGCGGACAGAUCGAAUGAGACAUGCUUUCCUCAACAACUCAGUUUGAAUCGCUAUUCUGAUAGUGUCGUUGAUGUGAUAUGUAUUUGUUAACAUGUUUAAUACGAUGUUUUAUUUGCCGAGUGCAAAUUUACGAAAUGUGCGAAUUUAAUUUAUAACCUUGUGGAACAGAUUGAUCCAUUGGCUGAUCAGGAGCAAAAAACAAUAUGUUUAAUAACUUUGAACAGAAAGUUUGUCUCUGACGCUCGAACGAUUGCUAUUGUGCCCGGUAAAGAGAGCCUAACUAACUAGAUUCAAGCGUAUACUCGAUACGUAUUAUGUAACUUUUUCGAAGAUGGAGUAACAGUUGAUUGUUAUUGUAGAACUGUGCAAACGCGAUGCUAAUGCGUACUGGUGACAUUGUUGAAGUGGCGGCGCGAAAUGUGUUUGUUUUUAUGUUCGGGCACGGGUAUCAAUUGUAAACUAUACACAAGCGCCGGAAUCUGUUUAGAGUUAUUUAGGUUAGGAGAAAUAGACCUAGUAGAAUCUUAGUUUUUUUGAAUGUAAUAAAAUGGGACACGCAAACAUAUUGAACUCGUAUAAAAUUAAAUGAACAGUUCUGCGAAUGAUGACAGACAAACAAUUCGUAUCAGAUGAAUAAAUCUUGUGUCGUUACAGGUGUUUGUACGUGCUCGGAAUAGACAAUAUGGGAGACGCUUUGAAAUUUUGCAUAUAAAUAAAAUAACGGCAGCCUCAUAAUAUUUAUUUCAACUUUUCGACUAACAGCUGAACAUUACGUUCUGUAUGCAUGUUUGAUGAACUGCGAACCAGACCAGAUCAACUCGUAACUACCCACAGAACACAUUUUCGGUUAUCUAGUGAUUAAAGUGACUAGUAAAGUGAUGAUCGUUGCCAUAGCUAUGAAAGAAAACUAAUUCUAAUUUCUGCUUUGCGCUAAUUUCAAUACAUUCUUGAACACUUUCAACAUCAGUUCAGCUGACUACUUUUUGCCCAUCAACAUUUCUUAUCUUGACUGUACCCAGAAGGUCUCGUUAUGUAUCUGUUUUGGGCAUAUUCAGGUGACUCGAUCAGCUAAGCUGUGAGAGGCCCAUUGUCGAACAUGUUUUGGCUACGAGACUAAACUGAAACUCGCCCUGCAAUGUUACUCUUAUGCAUUAACUAAGAUCGUAUCUACUAAACACGUGAGAAUCCAGUCACAAUCUGGAAAAUAGAUAUUCAAUUAUAAAUUUUGUUUCAACAAUACUUGGUAGUGGCCCUUUCGAAGCAGUGCAGCCGUAAAUCUUGGCUAAUUUUGUCAUGCGAAAUUAAUAAGUUACGUUAAUAGAUAGCGAUGUUAACAUUGUCUCGUCCUAUUAGUGAGUCUAAUAUACAACGUAUAUCCGUAUCUUUAAUUGUUCUUCCUAAGAUAUCGUUGGUCAGAUCGGGGAUCCUACCCCCCUCCCCCCCCCCCGAAAAAAUACGUUUGGAGAUAAAAUUCAGUAUAUUCAACAGCGUUUUUCGUUUCUGUAGCUGCAGCGUGAUAUGUUAAAGAUAGUGAUACGACGUCACCGUAGCUCGAUUUAUGCCAGCCAAUAAAAUAAUUUUUUUUUUUAAAAUAGAAAUAGAUUUGCAUGCCUAUUCGAGGGACCGGGUGAGUCCAGGGGUUGGGUGAUACAAGCAAUAUUUUAUGCAUUCGGUUCGAAAAAAUAAUUCCUGUUAACUAUUGUUGUUAGGUUAAGAACUUAAAACUACUUAAAAGAACAAGUAUGAAGAAACCGUGGAAAUUAUACAUCGAUAUUAUAACAUCGAUCAGUGCAAAUGCUGUUGAGUCGCUAGAAAGUUCGUUAAUGUCUAGGAUAUAAGACAAGCCAAGACCUAAACGCUGUUAGGGUCCUAUCCAAUCGAACUCGAUCAAAUAUAAAUUGUCGACCGUUGAACUAUCCAGACAACAUGCACUUUGGAUAGGUGUCUUCAACACUAUCAAAUGGAUCUACUUUCGGAAUGGCAGUGAACAUGCGAAGUAGCAAAUAAAAUUUAUUUUAUCAUGCAACAAGAUAAUAUCAGCCACGGUAACUAAAAAGUGAAUGUGUUUGUUGUCACAUGUGUAUAUUUUAAGGGUUAGAAGAAAAAUAGCUCUACAGAAUCGACAUUAGAGUGCCAAUGGGUUUUAACUACCGCAAGCUCUCGCCAUUUCUUAAAAAUGAGAAUAAGUCAGUAACUAAAACGAGAGUUCGAUUGAAAAACGGUAAAAAAAAUGUACCCUUAUUUCGUCAAAGUUAAAAGGAAAGACAAAAGACAGGAAAAACAGUAGGUACAUUCAUGAUAGAUGAAUUUUAUUAGGGAUUAUUUCAAAUCACUAACGAUAGAUACCAGAAAGGUUACUAAGGCCACAUCACAGCGUAACAGCUUGCUUUAACGCAGGUGAAGAUCGCUUCCGUCCCUGUUUGCUAUAUAUAUAUAUAUAAAAGAUUGAGUACCGUGCAACAGACAUUCUAACAAAUUCAACUUCAACUUACAUGCAAAACCUUAACACAUAUAGUAAGACAAAUAUAUUUAUCACACGUAUCCGAGCUCUUCCAUCGCACUAAUCGAUUUGAUCGAAAAGAAGUCCAUCCACAUGCUUUUUUCGCCCUAAAAGGCUUUGUGGAUGAAACGGUGUUUUUGUAGUAAUGCAUAUGUUUAUUCGUAACUUGUUUAACGUACAUUCCACGUUCAUAGCAGCCUAUGAAUUCACAGAAUUAAAUCAAGCUCUAUGUAAAGAGAGUAGAGAAGCGUUAUGGAAGGGCCAUGAAUACGACACUGCACCAGAAAAGGGUUUUACUAGCAUUGCUAAGUUAUGCCGUGCUGCAUCAGUGGUUAAAUGUCGCAGCACACGAAAAGGCAAAUAAAAACUGUUUUAUAUUUAAUAAUUCUUACCAAUGAUUUUUGGAAAAUAACAUGGUAAACAAGACAGAGACAACGCGCCGUAUAAUCAUGAUGCAUUCUAUAAAGGCAUAUGUAGAUAGCAGCGUUGUUUGGAUCACUCAUUUGGCCUAAUCAGGAUAUUAAUAACAAUAAUUACAAAUUAGAAUAUGCCAAGUAUUGGGACGCAUGUGAGAAAACAAAUGGCUGGACACAUCAGUCUAUAAACUAUGUGAAAACAUUCUUUAACGCGAUGGAAACUGUAGUACAGUAUAAAAGAAGAUGCGAACGGUGCCACAGGCGAUUCUAGAACGUUACGGCAAUAACAAUAAAAUUGAGAGAACAGCUUAAAAUAAAAGUAAAGUACUGCUUAUAAUGUCAUUAGCAUGAAAAAUAGUACAUGAUCAAGUUCUCUUUAUUUUUUUCGAUAGGAUUCUCAGUGGACAAGUCAAACUAAAUAGAACAGCACAGACUAAAAUGCCUCAAAUACAAAUUUCCAGUUGACAAUAUAUACACAUAUAUAAAAUUUAGCUCAUUCUAAAUCUAACAAGUGUAUUAAUAUAUUGUACGUAAGUACGACUUUGAGAAGGAAAAACUCAUACAACUUUUACAAAUAAGGAACACUUCUGAUACACAUCGGUCGAUCCCAUGCUCAUGACUGAAUAUUUGCUACAAGUAAAUUUUGUUAUGCGUCUUUAAUUUAAAAAAAAGCACUAUCUCGAAUUAUUUGCGGUAGCAAAUUCUCAGGUCGACGCGAAUAAACAACUUCAGAGCUCCGUUCGGUAUAAAAGCUCAAUAGCAUGUUGGAGUUUACUAAAACGUUUAUAUUUUUUGUACGAACCCGAGUUUAGUCACACGUUCUUUUAGUAAUCCUUUCGCCUAAAGCUAACUUUGCCUACCAAAAAUAAUCAAAGUCAUUAAAGAGCUUUUUCGAGAUACACCGAAUACAUUAUAGGAUAACCGAAAUCAAAAGAACUGCUCAACCAAAGGAAGAGCUUCACAUAUAUAGGACAGUUUCCGUUAAAUAAAUAACUCGCAUGUAUUUAUAUUUCAAAGGCUGCGUUAGAAAAUAUCCAUCAAAUCAUUGGAUAAAUGGAAGUGGGCAAAAAUAUGAUUUAUGUUAGACUCAAUUCAAUUCCGUGACCAGAAUGCGCCUUGUUUUGUGUUCUUGGCUAUUUCUGCGUUCAGAUUUCCUUGACUAUUCAUAAUAUUAGUCGCGCUCCGACGUCAGUCCACGAGGGUGUCUUCUCUCAAU